AACUAAACGUCAUUGACUGUGCGCCUUGGUGAACACUGGGGCGUUCUGUCUGCUCAUCAUGGCAGUCAGAAGCACGUUCUUGUGUUUGCUAUUUUUAUGAUUAUAUAUUCACUUGUAUGUAACACAUUAUAACAGCAAUGGAAGAAACUGAGACGCCGGAGGAACUCUUAACCAAGCAACAUCGGAAAGAGAAGAAAGAUUUACAGGCAAAAAUUCAGAGCAUGAAAAAUGCUGUCCCCAAGAACGAUAAGAAGAGGAGAAAACAACUCGUAGAAGACAUUGCCAAGCUGGAGGCUGAACUCAAUGAAAAACACGAGGAAGAACUUCAGCAGCUAAACAAUAACCAAGAUGGGGAGAAGGUUGAUCUCAUUGCAAAUGGGGUAGAAAACCUGGGUUUGGACAAUGAAGAGACAAAAGAAUCAAAGCAAGGUCGUACUUCCAAGGCUCAGAAGAGACGGGAUAAGAAGGCUGCCCUGGAGAAGGAGAGGGAGAGCCGGAUUGCUGAAGCCGAGGUCACGAACCUGUCCGGCUUCAGGCACCAGGAGAGACUGAAGCUGGCCCAAAAGCUGGCUGAGAGGCAGCUGCAAAUCAAGGAGAUCCCCUCCGACGGGCACUGCAUGUACCGCGCCCUGGAGGACCAGCUGACCGCGCGGGACCACGGUCACGCUCUCGACCUGGCACAGCUCCGGGCCCUGACUGCCAAGCACAUGAGGAGCCGCGCCAACGAUUUCCUCCCCUUCCUCACCAACCCCAACACCGGUGACAUGUACACCGCAGACGAGUUUGAGAAGUACUGCAGUGAUGUGGAGGACACUGCAGCUUGGGGCGGGCAGCUGGAGUUGCGUGCUCUGAGUCAGGUUCUUGAGAUGCCCUUUGAAGUCAUCCAGGCUGAUUCUCCCUCUAUAGUGAUUGGGGAAGAGUACACCAAUGCACCGAUUGUGCUAAUAUACAUGCGUCACGCCUAUGGACUGGGAGAGCACUACAACUCUGUGGAGCCUUUGAAAGAAGCACCCAAGGAAGAGGAAAGCUGAAAUUUUCAUUGUCAUUCUUCGUCAACCUCCCAUUUCAUUUUAAGGAAUUUGUUGGAUGUUACUAGGCUAGUCUCUCAAGACGUCCUUGGGAUGUGAGAGAGGAAUAAAGUGACUGUUGAAUCAUGCUUUAGCCUAAAACAUUGGAGAGUGGAGACACGAACACAGCAGUAUCCUGCUGAAGGAACCCAUAAAGAGGGUUCAGUAAUGAGUUAAGUGCAUCAGUUCCUGUCAGAGAAUAGUCAUGCUGUGGAUGUGUGUAAUUCAGUGUUUGAGUUGUGUGCCAUUUUAUUCUUUGACUGGUAUGUUCUAAAACGGGUAGUGAACUAUAUGUAUGCCUAGGACUAUUGUAUCUUGCAAUUAAAGUCAUAAAGGACACAGCUUA